GCCCGGCCCCGCUCAUGGCACGUGUGGCUGAGUCCCAUGCUGCUCAUGACAUGUGUGUGACACACAUGACACACGUUUGACCCUCAUGUCCCCCCAGCCAUGGCCGAGUACCGCGUCCUGCUGGAGGAGCUGGUGUGACCCAUGAUGUGUGUGUGUGACACACAUGACACACGUGUGUCCCCCCAGCCAUGGCCGAGUACCGCGUCCUGCUGGAGGAGCUGGCCCAGAACAUCACGGCCGAGGACCUGGAGCAGCUCAAGUCGGCCUGCAGGGAGGACAUUCCCAGCGGGGAGGGCGACGCCAUCAGCACCGGCCAGCACUGGUUCGACUUCCUGGAGCGCCACAGCAAACUGGACAGAGCCAACCUGUCGUACAUCGAGCACAUCUUCGAGAUCUCUCGCCGGCCGGACCUGCUGACCCUGUAUCCCUGUAUCCCUGUAUCCAUGUAUCCCUGUAUCCCUGUAUCCAUAUAUCCCUGUAUCCAUGUAUCCAUGUAUCCCUGUAUCUCCACAGCCAACCUGUCGUACAUCGAGCACAUCUUCGAGAUCUCUCGCCGGCCGGACCUGCUGACCCUGUAUCCCU